GGGGACAGCGGUGCAGAGUCAGCUGCGGGGGGGGCACCACCGGCACCGGCAGCGGCACAGGAUUGGGCUGCGGUUGAGCCGUCACCAUGGGCAACAUCUUCGGCAACCUCCUGAAGAGCCUCAUAGGCAAGAAGGAGAUGCGCAUCCUCAUGGUGGGGUUGGACGCCGCCGGCAAAACCACCAUCCUCUACAAGCUGAAACUGGGGGAGAUCGUCACCACCAUCCCCACCAUCGGGUUCAACGUGGAGACGGUGGAAUAUAAGAACAUCAGCUUCACGGUGUGGGACGUGGGCGGGCAGGACAAGAUCCGACCCCUCUGGAGGCAUUACUUCCAGAACACACAGGGGCUGAUCUUCGUGGUGGACAGCAACGACCGGGAGCGCGUGAAUGAGGCGCGGGAGGAGCUGAUGCGGAUGUUGGCAGAGGACGAACUGCGGGACGCCGUGCUGUUGGUGUUCGCCAACAAACAGGACCUCCCCAACGCAAUGAACGCAGCUGAGAUCACGGACAAACUGGGGCUGCACUCCCUGCGCCACCGCAAUUGGUACAUCCAGGCCACGUGCGCCACCAGCGGGGAUGGGCUCUACGAGGGGCUCGACUGGUUGGCCAACCAACUCAAGAACAAGAAGUGAGCGGUGGGGACCCCCCCUCCACCCCUCACAGCCCCCCCCCUUCAGCCCGGAGACCCCCCCCCCCCCUUUUUCCCACCCCAUUGGGGUUUGUGCUUUAUUAUUAUUAUUAUUUGUGGGGUUGGGGGUUUUUUUUGGCCUUUUUUGGGGUUUUCUUCGGUGUCCCCCCCCCCUUUCGCGCCCCCCCCCACCCCUUUUGCCCCCCCCCCCCCUCGGAUUUUGUGUGUGCGUGCGUGGAAAUAUAUCUAUAUAUAAAGUUAUUGGGGGGGGGGGGGGCGGAGCUAUGGGGGGGGUGGGGCUGUGUUGGUGCUGCCUUGGGGGGGGGGGGGGCAUAUGGGGCGCCCCAUCUCUGUACCCCCCCGCGUGUCUCUGCACCCCCAUCCCAUGGACCAAAUGUGGGGCAGUGGGGGGGCAUUGGGACCACCCCCACCCUUAACAAUCUCUCCCAGCCUCGUAUGGCCCCCCCUCCCCUCCCCCCCCAACCCUGGGGGUCCCACACAGCCCCCCCCCCCCAUCCCAUGGACCAAAUAUGGGUCAGUGAGUGAGGGGGGGGGGAGGGGGGGCAAUGGGACCACCACUGCUCCUUCAACCCUCUCCCACCCCACAUCUCUGCCCCCCCCCCCCCCCCCACAUUCCGGGGGUCCCACACAUCCCCCCCUCCCCCCCCCCGCAUCACUUUGAGGCCGGACUCCCCCCAUAGUGUGACCCCUCCCCCCCUUUUGGAACAGGGAGGGGCACAGGAACCCCUCCCCCCAACCCCUUCCAGCAUAGUGAUUGUACACCCACACCCCACAAAGAUGGACCCCCCCGUGCCCCCCCGUUGCCCCCAGCCCUAUAUUUAUGCCCCUGGUCUGUGCUUGGUGUGAAGUGUCGCAGCUCUGCCCCAUCCGGGGGGGAUGUGUGUAACCCCCCCCCCCCCUCACCCCACACCGGUGACCCCCCCCGGUCGUCCCCCCCUCCCCCCCCAUUGGAUAUUAAACAUGUUUUAUGUA